AUGUUGACUUCCGCGCUUCUCGCCGCUCUCUCCCUCCCCCUCGCCCAUGCACUCCAUAUCCCGCAGGCAUCUCCCGUACACGACCGCCUUAACUCUCGCUCUCCCGACCUGGACUUUGGCAAAGCCUCUGUACAAAUUACCCAACCCUACGGCACCAAGUCUACCGGCAAACUCAUUGUCGGCCCCGAAGGCGCACAUCCCGUGGCACUCGCGCGCACAUCCUGCUACCCCGCCAUUGGCUUCCAGCGCCCUGACGAGGACGCCCUCCCACAUGAUACCAGCGACUGGUGGUGUCCCGCCGAGGACGAAUACGCUUUCGUCGGGUUCAGUUACGAGGUCACGGCCUGCCAGAGCAAGACGCAGUUGAUGAAGGACUUCAAGGACAUCCGCAAUACAUUCAACUCGCGGUAUGUUCGGCUAUACGGCGCUUGCGAUACCAAGGGCUUCUACGACGACGUGAUCGACGCCGCAUGGCAGAAUACUCUCGGUGUCCACGCGCUAGUAUGGUUCGGGUUCGACGGCGACGACAUCUGGAAGACGCGCCGCGAUUCGCUGUUCGCGACGUUGCACUCGAACCCCCUGGCGCCCUUCGUCACGCGCGUUGUACAGUUCGGCUCGGAGCCGCUUUUCGACAGCGUGCUGUCACCGCAAGCCCUCGCGACACAAGUCACGAACGCGAAGCACAACCUCAGCAGUCUGCUCAUCAACGUCACCGUCAGCGAGAUGGCGUACGGCUACCAGAAGAAUACCAACAACGCUCAGGUCGUCCUCGAUGCAUUGGACAGCAUCAACAUCCACGUUCUGCCUUUCUUCGACCAGGAUGCAUCAACGGCGAAGAAGGCGUGGCCAAUCGUGCAGAAGUACCUUGACUUCUUCGUCGACCACGGUAACGGCAAGAAGAUGUACUUUGACGAGAACGGCUGGCCGUCCGAAUCAUACCCUGGCGUCGAGCCCAACAGCCCUGACGCCGUCGCCAACCUCCAACAAGAGCAGGACUACUACACUCUACUCGACAGCCACUGCACGGACCUCAAGAACGCCCCAGGCGGUGGUGUCGGCUGGUUCGCACAUAUCUACAGCGACAAUCAAGAACCCGGCUAUGGUAUCUACGGCACUAACGGGAAACUCAAGUUCCCGUUCUCGCCCAAGACCAGCUGCUGA